AUGCUCUCCCUCCAACGCCUCCUCGCCAGCCUGCUGGUCAUCUGCGCCAUCUCCUCCCUCUUCCUCGCCCAGACCGCCGAAGCCCAAAAGGGCCCCAAGAUCACACACAAGGUCUUCUUCGACAUCAAGAUUGGUGAUGAAGAUGCCGGCCGCAUCGUAAUGGGUCUAUACGGCAAGACCGUUCCCAAGACCGCCGAGAACUUCCGCGCUCUCGCCACGGGUGAGAAGGGCUUUGGAUAUGAGGGCUCCGCUUUCCACCGUGUCAUCAAGGACUUUAUGUGCCAGGGUGGUGACUUUACCAAGGGUGAUGGAACGGGCGGAAAGAGUAUUUACGGUGACAAGUUCCCGGAUGAGAACUUCAAGUUGAAGCACAGCAAGAAGGGACAACUGUCGAUGGCAAACUCCGGCAAAGACACCAACGGCUCGCAGUUCUUCAUCACCACUGCCAUCACUUCGUGGCUCGAUGGCCGUCACGUUGUCUUCGGCGAAGUCCUCGAGGGCUAUGACGUUGUGGAGAAGAUUGAGAACACACCCAAAGGCGCUGGAGACAAGCCCAAGGCAACCGUCAAGAUCGCCAAGUCCGGCGAACUUGAAGUCCCAGAUGAAGGUAUCAGAGCAGAGCUCUAG